CACAUCUGUGCGUAAUCUCUUCCAUCUCAGUGCACCCCAGCAAAGAGGCUGCCUGCUGCUGGUGUUUGGGUUUGGGUCCUGGUUUGCUGUUUCCUUCUAAGCAGUUCAAUUCUCAGAUUGCUAUCUGCUGCUGCAGCAUCUCCUGCACCAAAAUAGGAAAUGAGCCACUCAAACGACGGCCAUCUGAGGAGGGUAUUUGGGGUGAGCUCAGAUCAAUAAGGGAGGGGGAAAGUCCUGCCAAGACAUGGACUCCUAGCUCAGCAGGUGCCCAAGGGUUGGGAACCUCGGGGACGUUGCUGGCACCACACUGAUGACGGAGAUGGAGCACUGUGAGUGGUGGGUUCCUGUCGCCACCUCAGCUGUGACCCUGCUGCUCAACGCUCUGCUCCUGCUGCUGCUUUACAUCAUGCUCAGCAGGAAAAUAGACAGGCACUGCUGCAGCGCACAGGUGAGCAGUGGUCCCACAGCACAGCCCCAGCAACCACCCAUCUCUUCAGCUAGAGGGGAGGGGGUGCAACAACCAAACUAUAUGGAAGGGAGCAGCGAGACGUCUUCAGAGACCUCAGAGGACUCGGACAGCAGCUCUCUGCACCCACAGGAAAGGAAAACCUGCUCAAAGGAAAACCUCAACUACACAUCCGUGCUGUUCCCGGGGAAAGGCCACGGCUCAGGCUCUGAUAGGAACUAUGAGAACAUAAAGAUCGGCGCUGAUUACGUCAACGUGGACCCAAAAAAGAAGAAAGCAGAUUUUUGGACCUGCUCCAGCCCUGUGGCAUCCAAGUCCAUCGAGUACACAGAGGUGAAGCUGUGACACUCCCUGGGGUCCCACAGCAGCCACCGCUCUGUGCCCAGCAAACAUGUGGGGUGCAGGAGGUGAUCUUCCCCACCCAAGCUGUGCCCACCCCAGGGUGAGUGUGGCUCCCACCUCAGUUGCAGCUCGAUGUGACCAACCAUGGCUCACCUGGGAUGCUGCAGGGACAGAAGGAAGAAAUCCCAUUGCCUCCAGGUCCUGUGCCCUGCAGGUGCUCUGCUCCUCGCUAAAUAAGACAAAAGCAGCAGCAGCGAUUUGAGAACGGUUCUUUAAUGUGCAGCAGCUGUUCAGCAGUGCAGAGCAGCAGUGUGCAAUGGCUGCUGACUGCAGGAAGAAGAAACCUGGUGGGAGGGAGGCAGGAUCUGCCUGGGUGAGGUGGAGGUGGGCCAGGGCUCUUUCAGGCAUCUCCUCAGUGUCUGUGCUGCAUUUGGGGUGCUUGUACUACUGCAUUGCAGUACUGCAGAGGGGAAAUACCUGGUGCAGUGCAAUGCUGCAAAGAGCAAUGCAAUGCAAUGCAAUGGUUGUGUCUGCUGCAGGCCUGGGGACAUGUGCAGAGCCACAGGGCAGGGGGAAGCCGUUUGCAUUGGCUGCUCCACCAGCAAAACCAUGAGGCUGGGAGAUGGCAAUGUGACUGCAAGGAGCUCUCGAGCAGAUGUGGCUGCAAUGCCUCCUGCUGUGCUCAGCCUGCUUUGCUGACAGCUGUUAAACACCCAAAACUCUCAUAAAAGGGUCUUUCCAAAAAGAAGCGCUGAUGCAGCAUCCCCAUCAGAUGCCUGGGUAAUGAGCACGGAGGGGAGCAGGGUGGUGGAUGGGGAUGCAUCAUAGUGCAUGGAGGGGUGAAAGCUGCACAUAGUGGUGGGCUGCCUCCAUCUCCCGAUGCACACAGCAGACGCAGUGCAUGCAGGAGCAAAACCCACCAGGACAAGAAGGCUGGUGAUACCUUCUGGGUUAAGGACACAGCUCCUGGUGGAGCUACCAGAAGGGGAGACAGUCCUGCAGUGCCAUUGUC